AUGGAGGCCUUGGAAACUGGCGACGGACGUCAACAUCCGGCCACUGAUGAAGUGCGAUUUGUGGGAACAGAACAGACAGGUACAGAAGCGCCAUUCGAUGUCGGAACUUCCCUCCCAACCCAGAUGGAAACGAACGAGUUUGAACAUAAAGAGGUUUUGACUCCACUGGUCCCAUGUCGCAUGGAGGCUUUGAACGCCUCUCCGUCCCACUCGGAAGACGAGACCGAAGAAGGGGGUGCGGCCAGCGACAAAGAUGACGACGACCUGGAGGACGAGGAGGAGAUGGACGCUACUCCCGUGCAAGCAAACAACUCUGAUUCGGAGGAGAACGCCGGCAGGGGCACGUAUUGCGCAUCUUUCAAUUUGGACGAGAUGAUGGACAUCGGUACUGUGGAUCAGCAGGAACAGGAAGCCCAGAUGAGCACUGAAGAUAACUUUGCAGGUGGAGUGUUUGAGGAAGACGAGGCCAAAAUUGAGUCAGAUGUUGAUAUGAAUGCCAACUUGGAUGAGAAAGCAGGUGAAGAGAAAGAGGAGGCAAAUAAAGAAGAGGUAAUAGAAAAUCAGGUGAAUGAAGAGAAAGAGGAGGCAAAUAAAGAAGAGGCAAUAGAAAAUCAGGUGAAUGAAGAGAAAGAGGAGGCAAACAAAGAGGAAAAAGAACAUCAGGAGGAUGAAGAGAAAGAGGAGGCAAACAAAGAAGAGGCAAAAGAAAAUCAGGAGGAGGAAGAGAAAGAGGAGGCAAACAAAGAAGAGGCAAAAGUAAAUCAGGAGGAGGAAGAGAAAGAGGAGGCAGACAAAGAAGAGCCAAAAGAAAUACAGGAGGAUGAAGCGAAAGAAAAGGAAGAGGAGGGAAAACAAGAGGAGAUAAAAGAAAAGGAAGAGGAGGCAAAACAAAAGGAAGCGGCAGAAGAGGAGGAAAAGAAAGAGGAGAAAAAAGAAGAGGAGAGAGCGCCUUUCUAUGCCACUCGUUCCAGGAGCAGAAGUGCCAAAAGCCCCGCGUCAGCGUCUGACAUGACCAACGGAAAACUGUUGGUCUCCGCGUCCAGUUCUUCAUCGUCGUCUUCGCCGCCGCUCAUCAAAAUCAAAGACGAGCCCAUGGACGAGGAAUACGAGCAGGCCCACUUGAGCGGGGCCAUCAGUAUGAAAGACGAGCCCUUUGUUGCCAAGGAAGAGGACCUGCAGAUCGACUCUGUGUACUCUGUAACUCCGGACGGCGACGGCAGAAGGCAACGAGGUGUCCGGGGAUCGUCAUCCGCUUUGAACAUGUCCUGCGCUCACUGUCGGAUGGGGCUGCUCAAAGGCCAGACAGCGUACCAGCGCAAAGGCUCGCCGGCGCUCUUCUGCUCCGCCAACUGCCUCACCUCUUCUCUGAGCUCUCCCCGAAUAGUCAAAACUUGCUACCGCUGUCAAAAGCGCAUAUUCCGCCCUCAGGACGUCAUCCUGGCUCCGGAUGUGGACGGCGUGACAAGAGACUUCUGCAGCGAGAUGUGCCUGAGCGCAUUCAAUCACAGGAAAAACUCCAGUGCAUCUGACAACAAACCGCAGUCGCAGUGCAGCAUGUGCGGCAAAAUCGGCAUUAGCAAGCACGAAGUGCCCCUUGGUGGCACCAACCACAGUAUGUGCAGCGACUCGUGCUUCACGUCCUUCCGCACCACCCACCGGCUGACCAUGGCGGGCUGCGCCAACUGCGAAGCCAGCUGCCCCGUGAAGCCACUCCUGCUGAAGAUGGAGGGCAGCAGCAAGACACUGUGCAACGUCAGCUGCCUCAUCAAUUACAAAAAGAAAACGAAGAUAACCCUGUCAUGCACCAUGUGUCAUUCCCCACGGCCGCUCGCCGAUAUGAUCCACAACAAAAGCACUGACGACUCCGUGAGCCUCUUUUGCAGCAGCAGCUGCAUCAUGGCCUUCACUGUCCAGAGUGUCAGCUCCUCAGGCGCACAGAUGAGCUGCGAGAACUGCGGCAAGAACGCCCUACCGGCGUACCACCUGGCCAUGUCCGACACCUCCAUCAGAAACUUCUGCUCGCUGUCGUGCGUCAUGACAUUCCAGGAGAAGUUCAAGGUGAAGCAGAAACAAGGGACCGUUUACCCAAAGUUGUCGAGGGCGGCCAAUGUGGAGCAGAGCACCGAACCUCAACCACUGCCGCAAGGGGCCGCGCCCACGCUCAGCUGUGCCCAGUGCGCUCGUACGAUGUCGUUCAAACCCGAUGUCAUUCACGUCAAGGACAAAGUGGUGUUUGUGUGCGGUUGGAGCUGCGCCCUGGAGUUCAAGACCACCAAAAACGUGAGCGCCAAGUGCGAGUACUGCAAGCAGGAAAAGAUCAGCCGGGAGGUGAAACGUAUCAAUGGCAAGGAUUGCUCCUUCUGCAGCCACGGCUGCAAACUGCUGUACGAACACGAACUGGACGCACUCUGGGGCAAGCACUGCAAGUCCUGCUCGUAUUGCCAGUGUGUUUCCAAGAACCUGGAGAAGGCACUCUACGGCGAAUCCAAUGAGGAGUUCUGCUCAGAGGACUGCAGGUCCAACUACACUAUGCUUUUCUGCCAUGUUGCAAAGUGCGCCUCAUGUGGUCGGAAAGGCAAACUGAAGCACAGUCUCAUCUUGCUGGGAGAGGUCCGCAACUUUUGUGACCUACCAUGUUUGUUACGCUAUUGCAACCUCCAGGUCAAGACACAAGGCGAAGUCUUCCCGCAAGACUCCCCUGUCAUCGCAAAUGUGGUCUCUCUCGCGGACACAACCGCCGCUGACAAACCCACUAAGCAAACUGUAGAUACUCCAGUCAGGCGAAGAAGACGAGGAAGAGAGGAAUCUAACCCUUCCACAGUUGUUCGAGGAAAAGGUGCUGAGUCGCAAACAGACUCUGAUGUGAUCGUUAUUAACGACAGUCCGGUAAAAAAGACGUAUUCUUCCACCACCACACAUUCUACGACCAAUUCGUCUAAAUCGAUGAAGAAUAAGGCUCUGCUGUGCAAGCCGCUGGUGCAAAACAAGGGCAUCUCUUGUCGGACGCAGACAGUCGACGUAGAGUCACAGACAGAAUUGACCAUACCAAAGGUCAUGAUGGUGCCCAUUCCUGUGCCGGUGUAUGUCCCCAUUCCCAUGAACAUGUACAGCCAAUGGACCCCCAAGCCGUUGGGUUUUCCCCUGCCUCUCCCAGUGCCAAUGUUUCUGCCUGUCACCAUGAACAAUGCCGACCGCAUCGUGGACACCAUCAAAAAGAUCAAGGAUAAGUUCCCGGAAGACCCGUUCGAGGCCGAGCUCGUUCUCAUGGCCGAGAUGGUGUCGGAGACCAAUGGAGACAAAGAGACGCGUCCGGGAACUGCUGCCGGAGGAGAUGGGAUAAGCACCUAUAGCGAUGACUUGGACACUGCAGAUCUAGCCAGCCUGCUAAACAGCUGGGACGAUCCCAAUGUCCCUGGACCUCCCCUGGACAUAGAAAACGACUUCCCUGUCGAAGUCCUUGAGAAGAUGAGCCAGCAGCGAGAGCCGUCGCCAGCGAGUCCCGUGCGCACCAGUUCCCGAAAACGCCAGGCAUCCAGGAAAGUCAGAGAGUCGAGGGGUCGUAAAAAGUCGAGCAAGAGCGCCGAGGCAUCCGGCAAAAAAGGAUCCGGUGCAACCAACACACUCCCCAAUGUCCUGAAGCUGAAAAGCGAGUACGGUGUGGACGCCUGGAAGAGAUGGAUCCGCUGGAGGGAUACUCAGCCCGACCUGGAGCAACCUCCACGUAUCGGAAUGCGCCAGUUAGUGCUGAAAGAAGACAUCCUCUCCUGCAACUCAGCGGAGGUGAGCUACGGUCUCUGUCAAUUCAUCAACGAGGUCAAGCGGCCCUCUGGCGAGCGCUACAAGCCCGACAGCCUCUUCUACCUCUGCCUCGGCAUCCAGCAGCACCUCUUUGAGAAUGGCCGUGUGGAGAACAUAUUCACGGACAGCUUCUACAGCAGGUUCUCCAAUGAGUUCACCAAUAUGCUUAGAGGCUUCCAGCCUUCCCUCACAGCCAGCGGUUACAUCCACACACGCGUUGAGGAGGAAUUCCUAUGGGACUGCAAGCAGCUCGGCGUGUACUCGCCCAUCGUGCUGCUCAACACACUGCUCUUCUUCUUCUGCAAGAACUUCGGCUUCACCACGCCCGAGCAACAUCGCCAGCUGUCCUUCGCCCACGUCAUGCGCUGCACCAAAACCGGCCAGGGCAACGUCAAGACUACCUUCCUGCGCUUCUACCCGCCCAUCGAUCCCAAUGAAGAAAUGGAUGGCGCUCCAGCAAAGAGGCGUAGGGAAAAUGAAGACGAGAGAGAUACGCGAGAGGAGAAGAUCCUAGAGAUGAAGGAGAACACAGAGAAUCCUCUACGCUGUCCCGUGCGACUGUACGAGUUCUACCUUUCAAAGUGCUCAGAUACGGUAAAGCAGCGCACCGACGUCUUCUACCUGCUGCCAGAGCGCUGCUGCGUGCCCAACAGCCCUCUGUGGUUCUCGGCCACGCCGCUGGACGAGGAAACCAAGGAGGCCAUGCUCACUCGUAUCCUAGUCGUGCGCCAGAUGCAGGAGGCCCUCAAGGAGCAGACAUUCGACCCCGAAGACUACGAAGACAAGGACGAGUACACCGGCGGCGGUGGCGGCGGUGGCGGCGGUGACGACGACGAAGACGACUUGGAUUGGCUGUGA